AUGGAGGGCCAGGAGCGUCGCUCUGUUGUGGAGAUGACGAGCACCAAGACUAUUCUGCUAGACCCGAAGGACGGCUGGGCCCCCAAGGCGCAGUUCGACUUCGACGCGUCACUCUGGUCGAUCCCGCCGACGCACCGCAUUGUGCACACGUUCCAGGACACGAAGCACAAGACGUACGCAACGCAAAAGGAUGUGUACAACCUCAUUGCCAAAGACCUCGUUCCGCACGUGUUCAACGGCUUCAACAGCUGUAUCCUCACAUACGGCCAAACUGGAAGCGGCAAGACGUACACGAUGAUGGGCUUGUACGACCCGAACGCCUCAUGCGGCGGCGACGGAGAGGAGGGCAUCAUCCCGCGUGUGUCCAACGACAUCUUCAUUAUCCUGAAGGAGCGCAUGGAGCAGGAGGCCAAGACGAGGCCGCCGCGCGACCGCACGAAGUUCCGCGUUGAGGUGAGCUUCGUCGAGAUUUACAUGGAGCGCGUGCGCGAUCUUCUCGACCCGGCGCUGCGCAACACCCGCGGCAACGAGCGGCUGCAGGAUGCGCGCAUCCGGCAGGACCCGUACAGCGGCCCCUUCGUGGAAGGCGUCACCAAGUACGAGGUAGAGAAUUGGACACAGUGCUGCACCCUGCUUGAGCGCGGCUCACAGCACCGCACCACGUGCGCGACGGCGGUGCACAACCAGUCGAGUCGCAGCCACGCAAUCUUCCAGCUGACGGUGGUGCAGGAGCAGGUGGUGCCAGGAAACAACAAGUACGCCCUCCCUGCCUUCAAGACGCAGGCGGGCCGUAUCAACCUGGUUGAUCUCGCCGGCUCUGAACGUGGCGGUUUCCAAGACUACGUCAAGGAGUCGGCGGCUAUCAACACCUCGCUGCUGGCGCUGCGUCGUGUGAUUGACAACCUCACGGAGCGGCAGAACAUGCUGAUGGAGAUGGCGGAGGCAGAGAUCACCGGCAAGCACUACCAAGAGCGGUCACUCCCGCAGGUGCCGUUCCGCGAUAGUGUGCUGACAUGGUUGCUGAGCGACAGCAUUGGUGGCAAUGCUCGUACGACCAUGGUGGCCACACUCAGCCCGCUGGUGAAGAACUACGCCGAUACCCUGGCGACUCUGCAGUGGAGCAGCAGGGCUCGCAACCUCGUCACGCUGGUUAAGAUGAACGACCAGGCAUUGGUGCACAACGGCAUGGCGUCACACGCCGGCGCCCUCGACAACGCCGUGCGCAUUCAGCGGCAGAAUUUGGAUAGUCUGCGCCAAACGCUUCGCUCAAAGCAGGAAGCAGCGCAGCAGCUGGAGCGACAGACGAGGGAGCUGAAAAAGUCGCUCACCAAGACGCGCGGGCGCGAGCGGGCAAUCCUCAAGGACCGCGCCGCUCUCAUCAUCCAGCGUGCCUUCCACCGCUUCAUGUUCUACAAGAAGUACGAGGCCUACGAGCUGCACCACGCGAAGCUGCGAGGCGGGAAUAAGAAUGGCACCAGCGACGCCGCUGAUUUUCAGAAGAUUCGCAAGGAAGCGGAGGCGCGCGAGCUGGCGGCGAAGGGGGCGUUGAAGGGUGAGGAGGCGCUGACAGACGAAAAGGCCGCUGCCGUGGCGAGGUACGAGUCGAACUACGAAGCUCGGGCUUUGCGCCGCCGUGAGGCCGAGGAUCGCCGGGCAAGGAUCUUUGAGGUGAUCAACGGCAACGAGGUGCUCCGGCAGUACGGGGAGACACGCAGGCAAGAGGUGGAAGCGCUUCGCAGCGUGGCCAAUGACGAAAAGAGGGAGAGGGAGAUGGCCGUGAAGAAGCUGGUGGACAUGAUGAAGACCAUCGCUGACAGCAAAACGGCCCAGUACAAGCGGAAGGUGGAGGAGGAUCAGAUGCAGCUGGAGACGCUGCGCCAGAAGCGCGACGAAGUGCGCUCGCGGAGGUACGAGCUGCUGCGGCAGCUCCAGGCUUUACGGGAGCGCCACAAGAAGGUGGUAGCGAAGUAA